UCAAAGGGACCUCAUUAAUUUUCUCUCUUAAAAUUUUCUCGCAUUCCAAACAAAAGAAAGAAAACCAGAGAAAAGAAGAUAAAAGAAGCUGCAGAUUGUACUAAUCCUUUUCAUCGUAUCAGAAGGAGCAGUAGCUCUGUUUCCUCACUUUAUCUCUCUCUCUUUCUGGAAUCUGUCGAAGAAUUCCCGAGAGAGAAACAAACAAGGCUUUUUCUAUUAUAACUCUCCACUUGUAACCUUGCGGUUAGAUUCUCUCCAAUCAAACGGCGGCUUUAGAUAAAAGUCCCCGAGUUUAUCCAUUUGCCUUGGUUUUAGCAAUUCAAUCUUUAACCGAAAACAGAUAUAAAUAAACCCUGUAUAAUUUCCUCAAAUUUUCUCGGAUUAGGUUUGGAUAUUUUCGCUUGCUCAUUUUCUGCCAGACAAGAGAAUGAUGAGACGACAACAGCACCAGCAGCAGCAGCAACAAGAUCAUCAAUCUAGGGUUUUCUAUGAGCUGUCGGCUCUUGUCCUUAAUCUCCUCAGAUCGCCUCCGUCUUCGAUUUCGUUAACGGAUCAUCCUCCGGCUGUUCCGCCGCAGGGGAGGAGACCACCAUCGAUGUCCUCGUCGUUUUCACAGAUCUCGCCGGCGGGGUUUGCCUCGCUGCUACUUGGGGUAUCGCUGGCUCUUAUGCUGUGCGGAUCGGUAACUUUCUUCAUAGGUUUCAUGUUGAUGCCAUGGGUUCUUGGUCUUAUCAUGGUCUUCUAUGUCGUGGGGAUUAUAUCGGCUGUUUCAAUGGUGGGUCGGUCCAUUCUUUGUUAUGUCACGGCGCCACCAUCUUUGCCACGAAAAGAAAUUCCGGAGGUUGAUUGGUUGAGAAACUACUGACUUUGAAUGCCAAAACUGAUGGUAUAUUGUCCAUAAGAUUUGUCGAGAAUGAAAGCAUCCCUACUAAUCUUGAAAAUAUUCAGGGAAGGGCUUUCCCCACCUUUUGCACCAACAAACAGCAGGCAGCUCAUGGAAGCUCUUGUGAAAGGAAGAGGUGGUUCAGGAGGAUGACUGAAUUCUGAAUAGGAGAAAGGCCAGCUCUGGUGCUGCCUCAAACAAUGCAGAGAAAAUUAUAGCUACUGAGGUUCUGCUGCAAGUAUUUGAUGCAGGAAAUGUGGAUAAAUCUUUUUUUUGGUUGAGAUGAUACUGAAAUAUGUGGAUAUGGAUUUCUUUACUUUUUAAUUAGAAAUAGCGAAUUGUUUCAGUACCAUAGUCUGUAAUGAUUUCCCACUGAUGAGGAGAAAUGGGAGGUUUAUUCCGGUGUCAUUCUUAUAUUCAAUAUUUGACAAAUUUAUAUUGGUGAGUUCAUCUCUUGAGAGUUCUGUUGUUGUAACAUUAGAUAUCACAGCAUAUUUAAUUUUCUGAAUUAGAGUAAAA